AUGGUUCAAAGCGGAAGGGCUUAUAUAGCUCGUGACGAGAAGAAAACAUUUGUCAUGUUCUCAAAACCGUCACUUUUUCCUUUGAAACAGCCAACUGAAUAUAAUACAUAUGCGGACAUAGAUGCAGUAUAUAAGUGCCUCAAGGAGCAGUAUGGGGUCAAAGAUGAACAACUGAUAUUAUACGGACAGUCGGUUGGUAGUGGUCCCACCAUUGAUCUUGCAUCUCGUGUGCCAGAUUUGAGAGGUGUUGUUCUACACAGUCCUAUUCUGUCUGGCAUAAGGGUAUUGUACCCCGUCAAACGGACGUAUUGGUUUGAUGUUUUCAAGGGGACAGCAGAUGAAGUUGUUGAUUGGUCCCAUGGGAAACAGCUAUAUGAGCUUUGCAAAGAAAAGUAUGAACCCUUAUGGCUAACUGGGGGCGGGCAUUGCAAUCUUGAGCUAUAUCCCGAAUUCAUCAAACAUCUGAAAAAAUUCGUACUGACCCUCAGCAAGUCAAAAGCACCUACGAAUGGUUCAAAGAAAGCAUCAUUAGACUCUGACACUCAGACCAAACCAUCUGAAGGCGCAACUGCCGACACAUUUGAGUUGCAACCUGAUCUUCCUGAAGUUUCUAGAAACAGUUUAGACAGCCGACUUGAGAAGUCUAAGAAGUCAAACAAGCCUGAAAAAUCACGAAUGAGUACGGACCGUGUUGAUAGGUUUAGGAGAAGAAAGGGCUUAGUCUGGUGA